AUGCAGAAUCGCUUUAUUGAUGAGCAAGAAGCACAACCAACGGCCUGGUUUGCCUCUGGGGGCUACCAGAAGGUGAUUUCGGAGGUCAGACCUCGCUUGGCGGAGAUGAUGGGGGCCAACGCCACGGACGUUGUCUUUCUGGAUGAUGCAUCUUCCGGCUUAAAUGCAGUAUUACGCAGCCUUCCAUGGCAGCCAAGGGACGUACUGCUGCUGACAACGGCUGCUUACGCCGUCUUACCUAACACUGGAGCAUGGCUGAAAAGGCGCUACAACAUCCAGAUAGUUCAAGUGGAAGUGUCUUUUCCAGCCAGCGGGCCAGAGUCCUUUCUAGAUCCACUGGAGCAAACUCUACGGCAGCUGCCUCGUCCAUGCCGGCUACGCUUGGCAGUCUUUGAUCAUGUCUCCUCCUACCCACCUGCCAUCCUGCCGGUCUCUCGCUUGGCCAAGAUGGUGAAGGCCUGGUUCCCAGAUGCGCUCGUGCUGCUGGAUGGCGCCCACGCGUUGGGGCAAGUGCCCAUCGAACUGGGGCAGCUGGAGCAAGCUGGUGUGGAUGCCUACGUGACAGAUGGGCACAAAUGGCUGAUGGCUCCGAAAGGGAGUGGUGCACUUUGGGCAUCGAGAUCGGUUCAAGAUAUCCUUGAACCAGCCAUCAUUUCCUCCGAUAAUUCUCCUGAGACGACCUUUCAAAAGCGCUUCGACUACAUUGGCACACGGGACUAUAGCUCUUGGUGUGCGAUGGGAGCGGCCUUGGACUUCCGGCGGAUGUUGGGUGGAGAGGUCCGACUGCAAAGGUAUACCUCCGAGCUGGCCAAGUGGGCAGGGCAGAUGAUGGCAGAGGCCUUUGGUACUGAGACCGUGGUGCCAGUGUCGAUUUGCUCCAAAUUCAUCGAAUCGGAGAUUUCUUUGACGGAUCCAGCCUGCGCAGGUUUCAUCGCUGAAGGGCUUAUCCAAAACUAUUCCAUGCUGGUGAUCUCCUUUGGUUUGCACACGAACAGCUCCACGGAUGCUUGA